CGUUGUGUCUCCACACGCGCCCAAAUUUCCACUCCACACUAGUCAAUUUCUCCUCUUCUCUUCUCUGGAAUCGUGGUUCCUUCACUCUUUAUAGAAUUAUUCAGCAGAGCACGAUGUCUUGGGUCCUCCGAUCUACGAAGUCUAAGGUUCUCUCUUCUUCCGCUUCUUCAUUUUCCAGAUCCUUCUCUUCCCUCUCCCACGCCGCCCAUCACCUCCCUCAUAAUCACAUCGGAUCUCUCUCUCCCCUCACCGAUCGCUUCCACCGCAACACCACUUUGACGCCUCUCGCGAAGGAAAACGCUUCUGGCGGAAACUUGACUGGUCUUCCCAAUGUUCGUGCGAAUAAGAUUGGCUGUGAUUCUAAUGCGAUCAAUUCGUUGAUGUACAAAGCUUCUGGGCCGGACACCACUGUGCUGUCUGGAGCUAGAUAUGGCACUAGAGUUUGUGCUGCACACAAUCCAAUGCUAUCGGGAAUCAAUACUGUGAUGGCUAGAAGUUUUGAGAGAAGUAUAGAAGCUGGCACGCUGGGAAUGAUUGGUCAUAAACGUUGCAUGAGUGACGUCCCAAGUAAGAGGAGCGAGACAAACACAUCUGGUUUUCGUCCGUUAUCUCCUCAUCUCCCUCUUUAUCAGCCGCAACUUUCUUCAACUCUCUCCAUUUUUAAUAGAAUAGCUGGAGCUUUCUUAGCCGGUGUCAUUUUGCUUUUUUAUAUGAUAUAUAUAAAAGUGGGUUCGGUUAGCCUCACCUAUGACUCUUUCUACCAAUUCAUAUUUUAUUCAUCAAAACUAAACCUGCUUGUCAUGGAGAUUUCUGCCUUAGCCGUAACCUACCAUCUCUAUAGUGCAAUUCGUCACUUACGUUUAUGAUUUGAGUCAAGAACUGACACCUGAACUGUACCUUUGAAUCUGAGGUGGAACUUUGUUUAUUCGACCUUGGAGGCAUUUGUCAGUCAUAAGGAACUCACAAAAUCAUGUGGCCACAACAUUACUAGCUCGUGAUCUGAUUCGCAUAUAGGUAGCAAAAUUGAUCGCAUUUUUUACUACCUUGGUUUCUCAACUUAGGAAUCGAGAUAUCUAGUUAGGCAAUCCUUUUAGGAAUGAAAGUUAUUUUACAUAACUUUU